AUGAGCGAUUUUGAAGAGGACCGUGAAGACCUUCAGAGUGCUUUCAUUGCGUAUCACCGAUGUUUUUCUUAUGUGGAUAAUUUACUUGAACGAUUGUACAAGAAUAAUGAGGAGAUAAAAUCCGAGGCUCAAGAUCAUGCAAAAACAAUGGUUCUUGCAUGUACUAUAGAAGGGUUAUUUGAUGAUUCAAUCGGACCAUUUAAGACUAAAUGUGUGGAUCCUAUCAAAGAGCCUGAACGACAGAAUACUUUAACCAACUCUUCUUUUUUGUUGGAUAAUCCGAAUCAAAUUACGAGACUUUCCGAAGAAGAAUUGUUUGAAAAAGGAUCCAGACUAAAAAAUUGUAUCAAUUCUGACACGGGUUUCAAAAAAGCAAUCGUGAUGGCAGAUAGGAGGUACUUUUAUUGGAAAGAACCUGGUAGUGCCAAGUUCUUUUUUCCUCAAGUCGUUCAAAAUUUUACUCAAGACCGAAAUAAGUUUAGAAGUUAUGAAUUAAAGGGUGGAGAAGAUUUAGAUGAUUUGAGAUACAAAGUGGAUUAUCUUUCUGAGAGAUUUGCUAGAAAGGAACUUAAUAAUUAUUUUGCUUGCAUACUUUCAAAUUCUCCAUCUCUGAAUCCUCAAUUUGACAUGAUGGAUAUGAAAAAGAAUUGCCUUCCAGAAAGAUUAAGCUAUCAUUUAUUGGUUAACUCUGUGUUCUGUAGAAAGAAUAUCGAGAGAUGUCUUCGAAAUAGGGAUGCAUACAUGCUCUCUCAAGAUUCAUCUUACAACUACAAAAUGCCAAUGCAAGAUCGUUCAUUGUCUGAAUUUGAGGAGUGUUUGUUUAACUCUGAAUUUUCACAUUCAUGCAUUUCUAUUGUGGAUGAUUUUGUUGGCAAAAAAGGAAGUGAAGGACACGCUGCUCGUGCGUGGGAGGAAAAGCUCAGAGAGAUGGAUAAAAUCUAA